AUGUCCGCAAUUCAAUCCCCUUCAUCUUCGGCACCCGUGCGAGCAAAACGCCCCCGAAAGGGUUCUUCUACUACUGAUAAGGGCACCUCUCAAGCGCUAGAACUCAGGACCCCGGAGGAGGAAAAGGCCGCAUUGAAGCAGUAUGGCCGUGGCGAGAGCAUACCUGUUCGCUCAGCGCGGGACAAGAAAUUACGAACCAAUCUCGAGAAGAUUGAGCACAGAUACAAGGAUGCUGCGCUUAGGGCUAAAGAUGCGGAGUUGCUGCUUGGGGAGGAAAGGGGAUAUAUUGAGGCGGAGGGGAUGGAGAGGACAUACAAAUUUAAGCAAGCGGAUCUACGGAAGUCGGUGGACGUUGCAACAGCUCAAAAGGUCUGGCUUCGCCCUGGGGUCGGAGACCGGAGACUGACUUUAGGUGAAGGGAUUUGAAUUGAAGUUACCCACAUUCGGCCCGUACUUUAUGGACUAUACCCGCAAUGGACGAUAUCUACUCCUCGGUGGGAGAAGAGGUCAUGUUGCGUCAUUCGACUGGCGGGAAGGAAAGCUGGGUUCGGAAAUGCAAUUGAAAGAAACCGUUCGAGACGUCAAGUCUGUCCCCCUCCCCCCACGGCGAUCCUCAAACCCUCCGAGCUAACUGUCAACAGAUGGCUUCACAACGAGCUCUUCUUCGCAGUGGCUCAAAAAAAGUACACAUACAUCUACGACUCACAGGGUGUCGAAAUCCACUGCUUGAAAAACCACAUUGAAGUGACCAACAUGGAAUUCCUACCUUACCACUUUCUCCUCGCAACAAUCGUCAGUCCCACAAACCUCCCCCAUCCUCACUCGAGCAAACCCUAACAGCACCACAGGGAAAUGCAGGCUGGCUAAAAUAUCAAGACACCUCCACUGGAAACCUCGUCAGCGGGCACAGAACCCGCCUCGGCAGCCCCGCCUCCAUGGCGCAAAACCAGCGCAACGCCAUAAUCCACGUCGGCCACGCAAACGGCAGCGUAACCCUCUGGUCCCCAAAUAUGAGCACGCCACUGGUGAAAAUGCUCACCAACCGCGGACCCGUGCGCGCGAUAGCCAUCGAUAGAGGGGGACAGUACAUGGCGACAGCGGGGGCAGACUCUCGUAUGAACAUCUUCGACAUCCGUACCUUCCGCGAAGUGCACUCCUAUUACACCCCGACGCCCGCCUCUACCCUCGACAUUUCCGACACAGGUCUGCUCAGCGUCGGCUGGGGCCCCCACAUAACCGUAUGGAAGGACGCGCUCAAGGUAAAACAGACAAGCCCCUACCUCUCCCACCUACAGGAGGCCUCCCACAUCUCCCGUGCGCGCUUCUGCCCAUACGACGACAUCCUGGGCGCCGGACACCAGAACGGCUUCUCAAACCUCAUCAUCCCCGGCGCCGGCGAACCAAACUUUGACGCGCUCGAAGCGAACCCGUAUGAAACCACCAAGCAGCGCAGAGAACGCGAAGUCUCCGCCCUACUCAACAAACUACAGCCCGAAAUGAUAUCCCUAGACCCGAACUUUAUCGGUCGCAUCGGCAAGGGCAGCGAAGAGGUGCGCGGCGCAGAGCCGGAGGCUGCGGAGAAGCUGCGGGAGGCGGGCGAGGGGUCGAGCGUCCGAGUCAAGAAUAAGAUGCGGGGGAAAAAUUCCGCCCUCAGCAAGUACCUUCGCAAGAAGGGUAGGAGGAAUGUCGUCGACGAGCGAAGGCUGGAGCUGGAGGCGCUGAAGAAGGAGAGGGAGCUCAGGAGUAAGGGCUUGCCGGCCAGCGCGCAGGAGGAAUUUGGGCCCGCGUUAGCAAGGUUCGCGAAGAGGCCGGGGAGGUGA